UCCAAACAAUUGCUGAAUAAAUGUCAAUUACGGGCAGAGCGGAGUGUUUCUUCGUAACAAAGUGAAGUGACGCUUUCAGCUGGUACCUGUGAAGUGAGAAAAAUGAACAGGUUGUUUGACUUUGUCUUUGAGCAGCUGUAAAAUGAUGAUCGGGAAAGUAAGAUUGGAGCAGCAGUUUAAACAAGAGGAGGAGAGGAGUACAGAAGAAACGAUUUCAGAAGAUCAAAAAAUUAAAAGGGAAAGUACAGCAAUUGAAAUAGAGAGCGAGGAAGAGUUGUACGGAUUGGCUCUCAUACUCCGUAACACAGAAGACGCCGCCAAAAAGAGCCGUGAUUUGACAGGGAUACCAGAUAAAGAGCGGUCUGAUGAUCAUGAAAGCAGUAGAGGAGAGAAAACAAAUGGACCGUCUGAAAACAAAGAGAAAGCCUGUUUAAGAUGUUGUCAAAAUAUUAACAGAAGCCUCAUUAUUUACAAAAGUUUUUACUUCUUUUUCUUUUCGGCUGUGGGUUCUUUAUUUCCUUAUCUCGCAGUGUUUUAUAAACAGCUAUGGCUUUCCGCCCAUGAAACAGGAAUACUGAUCGGAAUCAGACCAUUGAUUCAGCUUUUCGGAACGCCUAUGUGGGGAGUCAUCGCAGAUACAUACAAGAAAAGCAAAGUGAUCUUUGUGGUGUCACUAGUUGCAUGGUUGGUAUCGAACUAUUCCUUGUCUCUCGUAUCUCCUGUUUUUCAUUUGGGCGUUUGCAAUGAUAACGCUACCUUAACAAUCAUCCAAGAAAUUAUGAAAGAAAUGAAAAACAGAACGAUCUCACAGAAGAAUAACACAACUCAUCAUAAACAUUCUACGCAUAAACCCUCCAUACCUCUUUCAGCAAACUCUGGAAAUUCUAGUAAUCAUUGGUUUGAGAUAGUCAGGAAAGAGAGGGCAAAACAUCCUUCGAAGCGAAACGCAGGUCAACCAUUGAAGUAUACACUUCAAAACAAAGUAAACAAAGUGCUUCAGGUAAAUUAUCAUGUAAACAUUUUGUACGAUUUGAUGGAAAAAACCGACAGUACUUUGGUUUCUAAAAGAGGAAUCAAACAGAUACAUCGAUUUUUAGACAGAUCAACACUCCAUACAAGUAGCCCCCCGAUAGUGAACAAGUCAAUGGUUCGUAAGCGAAGUGUUUAUAAAGGAAGAUUUCUUCAUGCGUCACUCAACGAUAAUCAAAGAGGGAGCAAUAACAAACGUCUAAUCACAAUAGGACAGUGCUUCAAAUCGGGCAGUGAUGAACAAAGGUUACGCCGAGCCAGCUUGGAUAAAAGCGCACUGAUGUCCAAACCAGAUAUCUUAACACUUUUCAUGAAUUCAAGUAGUAUCAACGAGGACGGGGUUUUCAUUCAAUUUUACAGCGGAUGGAUGGAAAGAGUUUUCGACUCCCUGAACAUGGCUGGGGAGUAUCCAUGGCCUCUGGACACAGUGGCGGACUAUGAGUCAACACAGGAGGCACAUGAGUGGCUAAAUCCACAUGAUCAUGACUUGUUUACCAUCCUGUUUGUUAUCACAGCUACUGGUACACUGAUUGCUGCACCAGCUAUUACCUUAGCUGACACUGCCACACUGCAGAAGCUUGGUAACAGGCCAGAGGACUACGGCAAGCAGCGUUUAUGGGGAGCGUUUGGCUGGGGACUAGCAGCCUUUAUUGUUGGAUCAAGUCUAAGCACAGUUGAGGAACUGAGUAACUGUAACAAUCCUUUGAGUGUAGAUUACCUGCCAUGCUUUUACGCUUUUGCGUGUCUAAUGGGCGUGGCUGUCUUGAUUGGUGCUUUGUUUGAGUUUGACGAAAAAGAGUUACACGAAAGUAGCAUCUGGCAAGGGCUUGCAUUGUUGUGUGACUGUCAAUAUAUAUACUUCAUCUUCACAAUUCUGUUCUGUGGAAGUGCACUGGGCUUUAUAGAAACUUUCUUGUUUUGGCAUUUGCAAGAUUUAGGCGGUACACAGUUCUUGUUCAGUACCAUCACUGCCAUCCACUGUAUUUCUGAGGUGGCAGUUUACAGUUUUUCUGGUACGUUCAUCAAAUGGCUAGGGCAUCACCGGGUUUUGUACGUUGGACUUUCAUGCUAUAUAAUCAGAUUUUUUGGCUAUGCCCUUAUAACAAACAGCUGGGUGGUACUACCUUUUGAGAUCCUUCACGGCUUGUCCACAGCAGCCGUAUGGUCAGCGGCCGUCGUCUUCGUGGGACUCAUUCCCGGGGCGCCUGCAACAAUGCAGGGAAUUCUUGGUGGUGUGCACUGGGGUCUGGGUAAUGGUGGUGGAGGAGUGCUCGGUGGAUUAUUAAUCACUUACGCUGGUGCUACCACCUCUUUCCUCAUAUUUGGAGUAAUCAGCAUAGUAGACUUGAGUUUAUUCAUACUUUUGAACAACAUGGAAUUUUUCAACUGUUUUGAGUGGUCCAAAGGGAGUGGUACACAAUCAGAGUAUAGUCCAGUAGAAGAUGAAGCCUAUAAAAAUGAAAAACUAGAACCAGAUUAUGACGAUCUUUACUGAACAUUUUAUUUUGCAGUUCUCUGAGCUGAGUUUGUUCAACUGUACCAAGAUGAAUAUCAUUUACUACAUUAUCACAAAGCAUCUGAUCCAAAAUGAAAUAAGCUUAGAUUGAAUUAACACUAGCGUAAUAGAAAGCAGUAAACUGUACUGAAAAUUUUCCAUGAGCAGGCUUUACUCUUGGUGUAGUCUCGAACAAAACGACCAUAAUCGUUUUAGAGCUUUCAUUUUGAUAAAUUUUGAUUAGUUGACAUGUUUUGCACUUUGAAUACAUUGUAAUCCUACACGGGAAAACAUUGUAAUAACGCAAGAAUAGCACGAGAACGCAAGUCAGGGUACAGCGUGUUAACUAUUACUCGCCCCAGAAGUCUUAAAAACCAUGUAAUCUCCUAUCGUUAUCUUUUCGAUGAAAGAAUGGUACCGAAAUGUGGUCAAAGAAUCUGAGUUUGCUGGAAGGAACUAUGGUAGAUUCUGUUACUGUAAAUGUUCGAACCGAUAAGCUGUUCCUCUUGCUCACACCUAACGCGGAUGAAUUAAGAACUGCGAGUCAGAUUAGCGGUAUGAAUAGUUGGACUUGGUUCCUAUAGUUACAAUAAUCUAAAACUUCCUUCACCUCUCCGACUGUUGUAAGCAGCGGCCUCCUGCUGACAAUGACCAAACAGACAAUGGACUAAAUUAACAUCCUUUACAUUAAGCUACAAUGGUUAGAACAAAAAGCGCUCCCAAAAAGAGUAAACUCCUACCUGCGUAAAAUUCGAAUAGAAACUUAGCUAAGUUAAAAAAAUAGCCCAGUGUUACUCAGGAAAACCACAGAGACACACACCCACGCUACGGCUUUGUGGCCCAAUCCACUCCCUUGGAAUUAGUUCAGGGGACCUCAGGAGUACACUAUCUGAUAGCCAUGUCCCUGCAGACCACUGUGAUAACUCACAUUGCACAGUCAAACAACUGCCACAAAGUAGUUCAUGUACUAGUCAUCAUAAAAAAGACAGCAGGAGGUGGUCCGAAAUAUCGACCACGCGACAACGCGAACAAUUAUUUCGAGCAUACCAGCAUGGAAAAACAUGUGGGAAUAUCAUAUCCCAAUUGUUUUCUUCGUUCACGGAUAGGCAAACUAUCAAUACUAACAAAGAAUUUAUUUUCGAAGACAUGUCAAAUUGUAAUGUUCCCCAUGGAGUUAACCCCGAAAUUCGCCUUUUCUAUUUCCAACAGACAACGACGAGUUGUCUGUUGCAAUAGUGCAGCCACGAGGAAGAAAAUUACGGAACAAAGUUUGGGGUGCCUUCCGGGGGUCCUGAGUUUUACAUCAGGGAUAUUAUGAAAAGGAUAUAAAUAGGUAUGCAUAACGUACAUGAGGAUAGUGCUGUAAGAGCGGUAGCAUAUGUUAGAUCACGUUAGUCUUUGACUAAGUGCCAUGUUGCAUGAAUUCAACUGGUUUUCCUUGCUUGUCCUCUUUCAGGAAGAUCACGAUGUCUUUUGCGCUAUACAUAGGUUUCAGUAAAACAUGACCACACCUGUUAGGGAACUUGCUGUAGUUUUACACCGUAGUGGUCAUGUACGAAUGACAAUAACUCUUAGGUGCCGAAAAAAAAAUCAUAAUUUCAAGUGAUAAACUGUAUAAAUAUUGGUAGCCCCCGAUGUAGCUAUUUCAUGAGCUUUGGUGAAUCGGCCGCAUGAGUUUCUUCCCCUUCAACUUCUUGUGAUACUCUUGGUGUUUCGGUCUUGUCCCCAGCGUAAAAUCUAUUUUAAUGAAACUCAAGACGUUAGCUUCAGGCAGUGAGAUGAAACAAGGAAGGGUAACUUUUCCCAUUAUCAUCAAUUUAUCUCUUUCCUUUAAAUUUGCCCCAGAAAACUACAUAAAGCGUGAAAAUCUAUAAUCACCGCUGGAAAUAAAUAGAUUCCACACGUAAUAAUUUUAAUUUUCUGUUCCCACUCCCCAUUCUUGCAGAAUUUUUCCCACAAAAAUCCCCACAAAAUAAGCAUUGACUUAAAAUUGUACCUGUAAAAUCUUUCAAAUGCGGAACUGUACUUGAGAGGUCAGUUUGGAAACACGUUUUGCACGAACAUCAAGUUCCGCAGGUAAAAGAGGCAAAAACAACAUCAUUAA